AUAAAAACAGGUUUUAUAACAUGAGGAUCUAAACCUUUGGAUUCCAGCACUAUCAAAAGACUCCAAGUGAUUUUCCAAGUGUUUGUGACUUACUGAAUGAGGAGGAUAAGGAUAAAAUAAAUAAAAAUUCACCAAAUAAAAUAUUUUAGAGCUUGGCAUAACUAGAAAACAAUUUUAAUUAAUUAUAAAAAUGUCACAAUACAUUACUUUUCUAGGUCGCGAAUUAAAAAAAGAAAAAAAUUAAAUAGAAAUAUGUCAGGUUUUAGUUUUCACUUAUUUUAAUGCCAGUUUUAAGUCAUAAGAACAACUGUUUUAUUAAAUGCUUUAUUCAGUAGCAAACAAUUGUUUCAUAUUCAAAUUGUUUAAUUGUAAAAAUGUGUUAAUCCUAUAAAAAGAAAAAGUCCUUGACCAGCAGAGCCUAUUAUAAACACAAUAUAACCUAUGACUACUUAAAACUAAAACAACUAAAUAAAACAGUCAAACAACCUGUAAGUUCUUUGCCCUGUUUUACAGUGCCACCGUGAAACCGGAUAUGAAGAAAGACUGACAAGCGACCCUUUCGUUUUUAACCAAUCGAAGUCGAGUAUUCCCCGAGGCAGUGACCAAUCAGAAAGAGCGGAGCGGUAUUUGAAUCCCCAGCAGGCCCUUUGUGUUGUGUACUGUACGGCUUGUUGUGAGUUGAGCUGGAAAAGGAACACUAAGCGAAGCUUAACGGUCCUUUUUUAAAAAAACGUUUUUAAGUUUUAUUUAAACAAGAUCUCUCCCGUAUUCGCCAUGGAAAUGAAUGCUCUGCGCAAUGCAAACAAUCCUGUUUUUAUCGGUGGCAAAGGCGGGCCUGUAAACGGCGCAGCGAGGAGGCCUGUGUUUGGCGAAUUGUCCAACUUUACACACAAACCCGUUCAGACUAAGAAUGUGAAACCCGUGCUGUCUGUCAAACCAACUGCCCAGCCAGCUGUUGUUCAACCCAGACGUGCCCAGGUACAGCUCGAGAUCCCCCAGGCUGCCCCAGCGCUGCCCCCUGCUCAAGCUGAUGUGAGCAUGAAGGAAGAAGAACUGUGUCAAGCCUUUUCCAACACUCUCUUUCCAGUCGAAGACAUCGAUGAAGGGGACGCUGACAUGCCCCAGCUGUGUCCUGAAUAUGUGAAGGACAUCUAUGCGUAUCUGCAAAGCCUUGAGAGUAAGCAGUCCGUUCGUCCUCGUUACAUGCGAGGUUAUGAUAUCAAUGGACGAAUGCGCGCUCUCCUGGUUGACUGGCUGAUUCAGGUGCACUCGAGAUUUCAGCUCCUGCAGGAAACCUUGUACAUGACUGUAGCCAUCCUUGAUCGCUUUCUCCAGGUCCAGCCUGUGACCCGUAAAAAGCUUCAGCUAGUGGGUGUUACCGCAAUGCUGAUUGCUUGUAAAUACGAGGAAAUGUACGUGCCGAUGGUUGGGGAUUUUGCCUACAUUGCAGAUGGUGCCUUCACAAAAGCCCAGAUCCGAGAGAUGGAGAUGCUGAUUCUCAGUGAGCUGAACUUUGAGCUCGGACGUCCUCUGCCCCUGCACUUUCUGCGGAGGGCUUCAAAGGCUGGGAAUGCGGAUGCUGAGAAGCAUACACUGGCAAAAUAUUUCCUUGAACUGAUGCUACUUGACUAUGACAUGGUCCACUUUAACCCUUCGGAGACCGCAGCUGCUGCUCUGUGCCUCUCACAGCUUGUGCUUGAUGGACAAAAAUGGGUAAGUUUCUUUUUUGUUUCUCUAUCUGACCCCAUCCCUCAAUUUCUAAUUUUAGUCUUUGUCUUUAAGUCACCAACCCAGCAACACUACUCUACAUAUGAUGAGACCCACCUGAAGCCUAUCAUGCAGCAUAUUGCCAAAAAUGUGGUUAUGGUCAAUGAAGGGCUCUCAAAGCAUGUGACGGUGAGAAAGAAAUACUCCAGCAGUAGACUCAUGAAGAUCAGCCUUCUUCCCCAGUUGAAGUCCUCUCUUGUGAAGGAUCUGGCUGCUCCCCUGCUGUCCAGAUCUUGAGAAUUGGGAAUGGACACUAAAACCUGCACUUUAUUUUGUUUCCGCCAUAUUGGGAGAUGGACCGCUGCUUUUUAAACUGAUGUACAUAUUGGAUCAUCUGUAUAAAUACUUGUUUCUACUUUUUAUAAAGAUUAAAUUUUUAACCUGAGGGUUUAAAUUGUUUUUUACUGUUUAUUAAAAGUCCUGGAGCUGUUUUUGCUGUACUCUUAGUGGACACAUUGAAGCUGGAAUUCAUUAAAAUCCAAAGAUUUAAUACAACUUUCUGGCUUGUGUUGCUUCCAAGGCCAUGUCCACAAGUACAUGGGUAUUUUUAUGUGGGUGUGUUUUGUUUUUUUAGAAGUCUUCCACUAAAGCAUGCCAACAAGUUGGUGAUUGUUCUCAACUGUAAAGCCAUGUUGGCCAAUCAGAAGCCUGAUAAAGUUUCCAGUGGGUAGAGAUCAGAGCCGUAGAGAGAGUAAUAAUGUGCUGAUCCUGUCUUCUGAUGCAUGGAAAUAUCACUGCAGUUUAAAUUUAGACCGUUUUAACAGUUUUCAUUGUUUGCACAAUGAUACAUUCAGCAUUAUUCUGAGAUCAUGAACUUCAAAAGCAUAAAACCUGGUUUUCAAGAGCCAUAGUGCAUUUUAUACAUUAGGGUUUCUCUAAACAAGAAAUGCAAUGACAUGUAAAAUGGUCCUUAGCAGCAAAACAUUCCCCACUAAAACCAUUGAUCUGGACAUGACUUGAUGAAAUU